CGAGGCAUUUUGAUUUUUAUCUCGUCACAACACAAUUUUUUUUCAAGAGUAAAGCAACGCGAUACAUUAUUUGAUCCGUUACAUCGCCUUAAAUUUUUUGUAACACGAAAAGUAUGCUAAUAACACUUUAUCGUCCACUAAAAAAACGGACUUUACCGCGUUAUUAACGUAACGAAAAAACCUCAUGGGAUACAAAAUAGUGAAGAUCAUGGUCGUCUUCGUGCCACCAAUAUAAUCAAGAAGAAAUCAGGUGCUGCUAUUUAUACAAUAGUUGAUGCAUUCAAGCUCUUUUUCAUAAAUGGCAAAAAACCGAAAAACUGGCAAGUGCUUAUUUUAUAAAGAGCAUAUCAAUAAAAUCUCCACAGAAUUCUUUUUCUUCUAGCAUCAGAACCGAGCUUUCUCGUCUAGUCGAACUUGAGGCAAAAGCCUAUCAAAAAUCGGCAAUUUCUUCCGUCGCAUCCAUGAUUAGACCUACGACAGUCCAUAGUUCAAAAUUCAGAUGAACUGCUCAAAAGAACUGAUCUGUUCUAACAAUAGGAUAUUAUAGAAAAUUUCUAUAAUAUCCUAUUAAAUCUAACAAUCCUAAUUGUAAUAUAUGACACGUCCGACACUGAUAUUUCUUCUGACAGCAUCUUCCUCGUCCUAUAUGCCAAAACAUCUGUUUCAUUCUUUACCUAUAAAAACAGGUCAAAAUGCUCUCAUUUCUCAUACUAUUAUUCUAAACUUGAUAGAAAUUAUUGCAACUGUAGUACUUAUGUAUGUGAAUAUACCGGGUGAGGCAUAAUGAUCAAAUCAACAAUUUUUCCAGAAUAAUAAAAUAGUAUUUAAAAAUGACAUCCACUUUAUUUGUUUUUUAACGUACAUUACAUUGACACAUCAUGUAACAAUAAUAAUAUUGUCAAUAUAAUCGAAAUAAUUGUUAUUAUCGAAUAAUCAAAUAGUCAUUUCUACAUGAGAAGGAGAAAAAAAGAACACUGAGAUGAUUUUCAUGCACGAAUCAAGUGAUAUUUGCACAACAACAACGGCAGAAACAGCUUUGUAUUCCGUUAGACCUCUUGAGAAGAAACAACAGAAGAGGUUGCACUUAAAUGCACACUGUUUUUUCAUGCAUAUAUAACAGUGAAAAGAAACAGUUUAAUUUAAUUCUGCGGUCUCAAAAGGUUACCAUUAAACAUGACACAGCCCUACAAACUACUCUUAUCUGGAAGUUUAAUUGAAGGACAAUCAGGGGCAAAUCAUUUUUGUCAUGAUAAUAAAUUACAAGAUAUUGAUCUGAUGAUUGAAAUUGGUUCUGUUACAUUUAUGGAUCAACUAGAAUUGCUUAAUAGUGCACCAGGUUUUGUACAUGUACGAUCAGCAGAUGAAACUGAACUAAACAAUCCAAUAAGUUAUUCAGCACAUUUACUUAACAAUCUAUAUCCGUUACCGACUGAAAUGAAUUUCUUAAUGUUGUUAAAAUCAAAGAAAUUUUUCAAGAUAAUUUUAAAAAUGUCAUGGGAGCCGCCAACAGUGUAUCAUUUAGUUAGGCGUCUUUACGUCUACCGUGAAAUUACACCAACAAUGCUAGGACAGGAAGAACAGCAGCCACCAGUAACAAUCCAUGAGCUACCCGACGUUGUAGAUCUUCGCAAGACUAUUCCCACAAUUAAAGACUUACACAAUUGGGAUUUAGCAUGA